GAAAUAUACGGAAAUCUCUGCCUAUAAAAGCCGAGAGCAAUUCUAGAAUCUUCACACUUGCACUUCCUGAGCUUCAGUCAAGUCUUGUGGAUUAGUAGCAGCAGUUGCUCAACGCCUACAGUCAUGAACUCGAUGAUCUUCCUCGCCUGUCUUAUCGCUUUGAUCUGCUGCACAGCCUCAGCUGGACCUCUAUUUCCAUAUGCACCAGCAGCGUAUGCUCCCUAUGCAAAAGGCUACUAUGCACCAUUCCUACCAGCCCCAGCUGCAGUAGCCGCUGUGCCCGCAGCUCCUGCAGUACCAGCUGUACCUGCCGGUUAUGCUGCCCCUGCCAUUCCAGCUCCAGCUGCUGCCGUUGCCGCUCCUGUAGCACCAGCUGCUGUCCCGGCUGUACCUGCUGUCUAUCCCUAUGCCACUUCUGCUGCCCUCAAUUACCUUGGUUACUCCUACGGAUAUCCCUAUUACCCCUAUGGAUAUGGUGCCUUGGUUGCUCCAUACAAAAAGUGAAUGACAGCAUAGGAACUGGAUGGAUUCUGCCAAGGUCUUUGAUUCAUGCAUUGGGAAAACAAGUUGUUGAUUUGGUACAAAAUGGUGGAAGCUUGGGACAAUAACUUCUCUUCCGCGCUGCGUAAGAGGCAGUUGUUUGUCAAAUCAAGCGUCGGAUUUUAUCAUUGCAUGUAAUUCGAGACCAAAUA